AUGCCGUUCGGAGAGAAACUCGGGCGUCCGUUCGAGCUGCUCUCGCUCCUGAGCCGCAAGCCACGCAAGGACGAGUCCCUCAUCGAGCCCCCUCAUCGACUCACCGACGCUUCAGCCCGGGCCUAUGCGAACGCCACUGGCUCUGCUCCUGCCAGAUGUACCCCCUCGACCACCUACAGCCACACCCGACGCUACGGCAUCACCACCCCAACCACCAACCUGAACACUAGCAACCACCUCAAUAGCCGCCAUCAUCAUCACCACACUAGCACCAGUAGUAGUAGUAGUAGUAGUAGUAGCCCCAGUCACACUAGCAGUUUCUACCCGCCUCGUGUCAAGUACGAGCGCCUCACACGGGCCCCUCUCCCGACUCCGCCCGUCGUUCAAUACGAACGACUCACCGUCGACUCGGCACCUGCUCGCGGUCCUCCUCCUGGGUCAGGCACCACCCACCCGUCCCCUCUCGACUACGAGGCCGUGGCCCGGAAAGCGGCUUUCCCCAGCCCCGACUUGAUCCCGUCGGAUGCCGUCGCGUCCAGUUCGUUCCGUGCGACGCCGUCCGCUGUCUUGGCGUCCCUGCCGUCUCCAGGGAUGCUCACGCCUCUUCCCGUGGGAGUGGGCGCGACAGGAGCGACCCCGGACUCGAUCCGAGUCCGACCGCCACGGGCGACGCUGGCCAGUCCGGCGCCGCUUCCAGUCCUGGGGAGCUCAGCUCCUUCGACUGCUGCAUCCAUGUUGGCGCCGUUUUCGUCCGUGAUGGAGGAGUGGAUGAGUCAAUUGAGCACUCCGACGCCGGACGUGACGCUCUUGCCGUCCCCGUAUGACUUUAACAAGGACACGCCGACGCCGAUGGACACGAACAGUAUGGACUUGCGACGCCUUCAGGACGCCCUCUUGCCCACCCCGCCGCCGGAUGUCCACGACCACCGACAACAUCCAAAGACCUCGGCGUACGUGACCACGCGGGGACCACGUCCUUUGCUCGAGGACAUUGCGUCCUUGUGUCGGGACUUGAACUCCCAGGAUGUCUUUGGAGCUACUACUGGGGUGACGAAAAGCAUCCGGUCGUCGGCUAGUGGCCAGAUGGAAGUCAAGUACACGUCCGUGUCGGCACGACCACUGCGGGCUCGGGACGAGAGCGUGGGCAGCGCCUACUCGGACGAAGGCGGUGAGGGUCAAGCAAGGAUGUUGGCAGCUGCAGCGGCACUGAGCAGUGUCUCCUCCAUGGACGUGGUUGGGACCCCGACAUCAGGGAGCUACUACGGCAGUGCAAAGAGCAAACGACGCAAAAUCUGCACGGCUGAAGGCUGCCAGAACCUCUCGCGGUCACGAGGACUGUGCAAGGCUCAUGGAGGAGGACGACGGUGCAGUGUCGAAGGCUGCUCCCGUGCGAGUCAGAGCGGCAGCUUGUGCAUCACUCAUGGAGGAGGCAAGCGCUGUACUGUCCACGGCUGUCAGAAAGCAGCACAGUCUCGUGGGAUGUGCAAAGCACAUGGAGGUGGGGUCCGGUGUCGUGUGGAAGGCUGUUCAAAGAGCUCGCAGGGCGACGGCUUCUGCCGGUCACAUGGUGGCGGUCGACGUUGCGGCCACUCGAGUGGAUGCUGUAAGUGGGCGCAGCGAAAUGGCAUGUGCAUGGCUCAUAGCGAAGGCAGGUACGGGAACAGCUACCGUGGGCGUCAGUAUCGGCUGGAAAAGGGCGAGCCGGGGUUCGUCCAGCAGACGUGA